GAUAAAUUUGUACACUAACAGAAACAUAAAAUUGGUUUGUUUUUUACUGGAUUACAGAGACUUAUAUGUCUUCACAACUACACAAACACUUUACUGAAAAAUUCACUAGACAGUCUAUAGUAUCUGUAGUUGAUUAUAAUCCCAAACCAGAUUGCCUACAUGAAUGCUAUACCUACUCACUACUUACGUUCUAGUAAAGUGAGAAUGGAUCUAAAAGAAUCCACAAGUUAGAUUGAGUUCUGCUUAAGACUUUGUCACCUUAGAAGAAAGCUGAUUUUCGUUUUCUAACAAAACAAGCAAACAAACAAACAAAAACCACCACACUUCUAUUUCCAACGAUAUUCCCUACAUAAUCCUCAGGAAACAAAGGUAAAGAGUUUUGAGCGCUUUACUAGUUCACUUUGUGAUUUGGGGUGACCACAGAGCUUAAAACUCAGGUAGUGGCAAAGGGAUGGACUGUGUCCAAGGACACACUAGUAUCAUUUCCAUGCUGUCUUACUGUUUUGGUAAAGGAAACCUCAAUUUCCUGCCUCAGGUAUUGCUGCUUCUAUGUGUAACAAUAUCCAAUGUUGAACUAAACCUCAGGGUUUUAUAUAGAUACAGUAUAUUCAUUUUCAAUAGGUUGCCACAGAGAAGCAAAGAUCUUGAAAUGUAGGGAAGGGGAAGCCACCAAUUACUACUCACUGAAAACAUUAACCAGGUACUUCUUUACAUAGUGGGGACAGGGACUGGAAAGAUGGCUUGGCAGUUAAGAGGGCUGUGGGCUUUUCCAGGGGACUCAGUUCACAAGUGAACUCCAAGUCAAGAGCUCACAGUUGCCUCAGGUCCAGAGGAUCAGAGACCCUUUUCUGGCCUCUGAAAAUACUGCCGUGCAUGCAGUAUAUGCUUACAGAGACACAGAUACACACGUGAACAAUCUUUAUAAUCUUUGAGACAGUGCUCGUUCAGGACAUCAGCUCAGUCCCGAGGAAGACAGCUGUACUGACAUGAAUGUUUCCACUUCUGCAGGUAAUGAGCCGUACAGCCAAGCCAGCCACUCGGCAAACAGCACAAGCGUGGGACAUGGGAAGAAUUCCACCCUUCACAACGAAUUUGACACCAUCAUCCUGCCCGUGCUCUACCUGGUUAUAUUUGUGGCAAGCAUCCUGCUGAAUGGUCUGGCUGUGUGGAUCUUCUUCCACAUUAGGAAUAAAACCAGCUUCAUAUUUUAUCUCAAAAACAUAGUGGUGGCUGACCUCAUAAUGACACUGACAUUCCCAUUCCGCAUAGUCCGUGAUGCAGGGUUUGGACCUUGGUACUUCGAGUUUAUCCUCUGCAGAUACACCUCAGUUUUGUUCUAUGCAAACAUGUAUACGUCCAUCGUGUUCCUUGGACUGAUCAGUGUCGAUCGCUAUCUGAAGGUGGUAAAGCCUUUUGGUGACUCCCGCAUGUACAGCAUAACCUUCACCAAAGUUUUAUCAAUUUGCGUUUGGGUGAUCAUGGCUGUUCUGUCCUUGCCAAACAUCAUCCUAACGAAUGGUCAACCAACUAAGGAAAAUAUUCAUGACUGCAUGAAACUCAAAAGUCCUCUGGGAGCCAAGUGGCAUAUGGCUGUCACCUAUGUUGACAGCUGUUUGUUUGUGGCAGUGCUGGUGAUUCUGAUUGGAUGCUACAUAGCAAUAUCCAGGUACAUCCACAAAUCCAGCAGGCAAUUCAUAAGUCAGUCGAGCCGAAAGCGAAAGCAUAACCAGAGCAUCCGAGUGGUCGUGGCUGUGUUUUUUACCUGUUUCCUCCCGUAUCACUUGUGCAGAAUCCCCUUUACCUUUAGUCACUUGGACAGGCUGUUAGACGAAUCGGCACACAAGAUUCUCUAUUAUUGCAAAGAAAUGACACUUUUCUUGUCUGCAUGCAAUGUGUGCCUGGACCCAAUAAUUUACUUUUUCAUGUGUAGGUCAUUUUCCAGGAGGUUAUUCAAGAAAUCAAACAUAAGAACAAGGAGUGAGAGCAUCCGAUCACUGCAGAGUGUGCGGAGAUCAGAAGUGCGCAUUUAUUAUGACUACACUGAUGUGUAGGGACCAGAGGCUAGGUGGCCUUCUCUUAUUGGAAUCAAUAUGUAAAAAGUGUGAAUAAAUGUUUCUUUUUAUUACCCUGGCUGAAGCCCAUCAAACCCACAGAUUCUUUUUCUAAGCAUAAAAAUGGCAAGAUAUUGAGGCCUAAUUUGGAACAAAGAAAAACAUUAAUGGAAAAAAAUGCGGGAUGAAUUGGAGAUGGAAGAGCUCAAGGAGCAAAUUGAUGAGCAGACCAGGGCCCAGCCAUGUGAAUGGCUGCACCUGUCACCUGGAUACACUCACUGCUGCUAUGAAGUCACUUCUGUAGAGAACUCACAGUACAGAGAAUUCUUAAGGUCCAGUAACUGAGAAAGAAUUGAGUAAGAGCCUGUGAAUUCUACCUACCUAGUACCCUUUGGCCAGUUUCUCCUCACUGUGCUUAUCAACGUCUUAAGCACACGAUAAGCAUGUGUUGUAGGGCAGUGAGAGCACAGUAGAAAAAGAAACUCACAUUUUCACAGUAUACACUGAUAAUGUCACCAUCAACUAAGUCAUUUUAAAUAAGCUAUUUUAGAGAAAGAAAUGUGACUGGAUAUUAUAAAUAUUUCUGCUAAACACUGAAUUCAUAUUUGCCAUCAUUUCAUCCUUAUGAUAUAUUUAAGUGCUCAUGUGAUAAGGGUAGAUAAGCUAUGGAGACUUAGCUAACAAGUAUAUUGUUUAUCAAACAGUCAUUUAAUCACUUCUAUUUCAAUAAAAAGUGUAUUAAUAAAAUAGUCUUCCCUAUAAUGUAUGCCCAAUAGGAGUAUCAAUAGUUUAACUAUGCAACUGAAAGAUGUAGUUCACUAAGUUAUGUCGAAGAGUCCAAUGGUAGUCCUUUAAAUGUCGGGCUAUUUUCUCUCCUCCAGUAAUAUACUUUUGAAAGACCUUGUUUCUCAAAGCUGUAUUAGUCCUUCAGAGGGUCACAUCUGUUUUUUAUAGUUA